AUGACCAAACAAUAUACGGGAUGGGAGAAAAAUAUGUAUACAGGGUGUUGGGCCAGAAGUAGCGAGCGAACAAUAACGGAGAUGGGGCAUUUUUUUUGGAAGCAGUUGGCGUGGAUGGCGCGGGCGGAAACAUGUACCACUACGGGCUUUGAAAUUGGUGUCCGAUGGGCAUUAAUUUGGCACUUAUUGGCAUUUAUAUUUGGCAUUUUCCGGGGUAAUGAGGCAUCGCGGGCGGACGGAGGGCAGAGAAUUGGCAUUAAGACGCUAAACGGGCUAGGUAUAGGUUAUGAGUGGCCGGAGAAGGAAGGUUUGAGAGGGUUUUGGAUUUGGGGUUGA